GUGUGUGUGUGUAUGUAUAAUACACACACACCUAUCGUCUGGUCCUCAGACUAAAAUAGAAUAGGAUAUUCUGUAUUAUAAGGAAUCAAUUAUCAAAUAUAAAAAAAGUACAAAAGUAUAGAGACACAUUUGAUUAGAAAACAUUUUAUUUGGACUACGUCGUGUAGAGUGAGGUACAAAGGCGUAUUCUGUUUUUCUUUUAUUAGUAAACUCCUCUCAGUAUGAUGUAUAAUAAGGAACUUGAAUCUCACGAAUAUAAACAGCAAUAGUGCUAUAACAUUUAUAAAUAUUCACCGAUAAAUUGGGGGAGUCAGAAUCAAUGACAACAUCGCAUGAAACGACGUUUGGCGCGCGCGCGAACACAUCACACAAAUCAAGAUGGCGAUCGCUCGUAGAGCGCGCCUCAUGUUAUAAAAUAUUCGUGAAACCCUUUAAGACAACGCACCAGUACACCGGUUUCCGUAUAAAAUAGUCCAGUGGUAUUAUUAAAAUGUUGUAGUGAUCAGUGUUGGCCUGUUUAAGGUGUUUCAUUGUGUAUAAGUGAAUUUUGUGGUGUUGCAUGAGUGGUCCCGAUGGGGUGGUGGGAAGCGCGCGGGACGAUGGACGCGACUCGCCGGCUAGCACUGACCAGCUAACGAAAUGUGCAGAGAAGGGGUCCUGCGAGGCGGAUUACGUGGCGAUAGGUAGCCGGCUGCGGGGCGCGAUGGGGACCCGACCACCGGCUCGUUUCUGGCCCCAGUUGUGGGCCACAGUGGUCCGUAACCUGCUGCUCAAGAAACGGGAUACGAGGAAGACCCUCGCCGAAGUGCUGGUGCCCCUGUACUCGCUGGGCGUGUUGAUCUUCCUGAAGAUGCUGGUGCCGAACCCCAACUUCCCGGAAGUGAGGGAGGCUGGCCGCUUACUCCGCAUCCAUCACGACACCUUCCCGGAGAUGAACUCGGUCGCGGUGGUGGCUGAUUGGUUGAAAGCCAACGGGACUGUGAGUUUCCUGGAGGACAUCAACAGCAUGCUUCUCGAGUCUGGACAGCAGGCCAUUCGCUGGAUACGGUACAACGACACCACUGAGCUGAACGAUGCCUACCACAACGACACCAGGAACUUCCCCAUCGCUGUAAUCUUUCACACAGACCCCACAGCUUUCGGAGAACCACUUCGUUACACAAUCCGAACCAAUCCCUCUCACUCUGGCACUCCCUCUACACGCACCCUGACGACCUCCCCUGCUAAAUGCCGAGAGCGUACGGUAAAGGACUGGUCUUCCGACUGGUCGAGAGGCGGGCAGCUCAUCCCGCUAUCAGAGAUGCACGGAGAAGACGCCUGCCCUGUUCUACAAUACUACUACUCCGGGUUCCUCGCUCUGCAGACUCUGAUAGACUAUAUAAAAAUCAAGGUGGAUACAGGAUCAGCGAUACCACCUCCCCGCAUCGACCUCCGUCAGUUCCCCAAACGCCAGCACACUGGCGAUUGGCUUGUCAUCUUCCGCGUGAUUAUGCCCAUGUACAUGGUGAUGACUCUAUCACAAUUCAUCACUUACCUGCUCAUGUUCGUAGUGGGGGAAAAGGAGAAGAAAAUCAGGGAAGGAAUGAGAAUUAUGGGCUUAAAGGAUUCGGUUUACUGGGGUUCCUGGUUCCUCAUCUACGCUGUAUUUGUAACAAUUUUGUCCUUCGUCAGCACAGUUUUACUCUUCACUUUGAAGGUGUUCCAACAUUCCUCCUACAUCCUUAUAUUCCUGCUGAUGCUGCUGUUCGGAUUUACCAUCAUCACGUUUGCCUUCAUGCUGACGCCGUUCUUCGAUCGAGCCAGGACGGCGGGCAUCCUGGGCAGCUUCGCCGUGAACCUGAUGAGCGGACUGUACUUCAUCCAAGUGUUCGUGUCGAACGCUGACUCGCUCGCCUUCUGGUUCGUCUCGCUCAUCAGCUCCAGCUGCUACGCGCUCGCCAUGGACAAGGCGCUGGUGCUGGACAUGGCGGGCGUGGGCGUGACAUGGGAGAACCUGUGGAGCGGACCUGGCGUGCCGUUCGGCGGAAGCCUCAUCAUGAUGGCGGUGGACACGGUGCUCUACGGGCUGGCGGCCUACUGGCUCGACGCCGUCAUACCCAGUGAAUACGGCAUCAAACAGAAGCCAUGGUUUUGCCUGCUGCCGUCUUUCUGGAUCGGGAGCAGGCGAGGGCGGGUGUCGGCCAUACACUUCCAUUCGAACGGCGAGGCGACACACAACAAGGAUAUCGAACCAGUGCCAAGAGAGCUCCAAGAGAAAGAAGCCAUCAGGAUUGUGGGGCUCCAAAAAAGCUUCAGGCACUGCCGUAAGCCUGAGAUCAAAGCCAUCGACGGCAUCGACCUGAGCAUCUACGAGGGCCAGAUCACGGCUGUGCUGGGCCACAACGGUGCUGGCAAGUCCACGCUGUUCAAUAUCCUGACAGGACUGACCUCGCCCACCGCUGGGACCGCUUAUGUUUAUGGACUGGAUGUUAGGGAUCCAAACGACAUGCACGAAAUUCGGCAGAUGAUAGGCGUGUGCCCACAACAAGACGUGCUUUUUGAUCUGCUCUCCGUAAAGGAACACCUACAGUUCUUUGCUGCUGUGAAAGGUAUACCACGCAAGAGGAUACCAGACGAGAUACACAAGUCGUUAUCAGAUGUAGGCCUUCUGGACCAGGCUGGAGUGUUCUCGAAGCAUCUGUCGGGCGGUCAGAAGAGGAAGCUCAGCAUAGCAAUCGCUUUCAUCGGUGAUCCCAAGAUUAUAAUACUGGACGAGCCGACAGCAGGCGUGGACCCGGUGUCCCGGAGACAAACCUGGAGGAUCCUGCAGCGAGCGAAACGCGGGAAAGUGCUGCUCCUCACCACGCAUUUUAUGGACGAAGCUGAUAUACUGGGAGAUCGGAAGGCCGUCAUCAGCAAGGGAAGGGUUCGCUGCGCGGGGACGUCGUUGUUUUUGAAAAACAAAUUCGGCAUCGGCUACCAUUUGACACUGGUCUUGGACGGCGCAUGCCGCGAGCACCAGAUCACGCGGCUGGUGCGCGGGCACGUGCCGCGCGCGGAGAAGGCGCGGCGCCACGGCCGCGAGCUGUCCUACAUCCUGCCGCACUACGCCGUCCACCUCUUCCCGCCGCUCUUCCUCGCCAUCGAGCACGAGAUCCGGGACAAGACCAACCGCCUCGGUGUGACAAGUUAUGGGGUGUCGAUGACAACGUUAGAAGAAGUCUUCCUCAGCUUGGAAGGAGAGAAUGCUGAGGAGACGGAGGCUGUGGAGGGAGUGUCCUCGGUGAAGCUGGUCCGAGCUCGUGCGCUCUCCAGGAGUCUAUCGUUGCAGAGCAAGACUCUUAGUUAUCAGGAGCUCAACGAUAAGGAAUCUCAGAAGGCCACAUCCUUACCAACACCUCCGGCGUCCCACGCGCUACAUUCCACUACUCACGGCGUGGAACACGUCAAGGUGACUCCCGAAGCGCCAGUGUCAGUAGACACCCUGGGCGAGACGGUGAAAACCAACCCGUCCUGCUGGCGAACCUUCUGCGCCCUCGUGUACAUCCGAACGGUGAGGAUGAUACGAGACCCAUACAAGUUGUACGUGAUGAUCUUCCUACCUAUCAUUUCAUGCGCCCUCGGCCUUUAUAUGAAGUCACGGCAAAUAGUAUUUUUUCGAAUGCAGCCCCUCACUCUCAGUCCCGACGCCUAUUUCAACAAAACCCCAAUCGCAAUACAUAGCGAGCAAAACAAUUACAAAGAAAUAUCAGAUUUGCGGGCCUCAUUAGAGCUCCUUGGGGCACACCCUAUUGUAGAUUUUAAUGGGAGCUUCGCUAGUUUGCUGGACAUGGAGAAUUUUGGAGCGUUUAGUUUGAAAGAUAGUCUCAUCCCAUAUGGGAAAAUUAUGGCCUACUAUAAUAGCACAUAUACGCACAGUUUGCCUAUCAUCAUCAAUUUAUUGGACAAUAGUAUUUAUAGGGUAUUAAUGUCAACGUCGGGUCUCCUGGAGAGCUUUAAGCCGAUCGAGGUGCUGACGCACCCGUUCCAGCAGACGGAGCAGCAGGAGGAAUUCAACGUGGGUAACGUGGUGUGCGCGAUAUUCAUGGGCAUGAUCUUUGCCCUUGUGCCGGUCACGCUCGCCGUCGACAUCGUGUACGAUCGGGAGAUAAAGGCUAAAAACCAGUUGCGAGUGAAUGGCCUUUCAAUGAGUAUGUACUUUCUCACGUACUUCGUGGUACUUAUUUUCAUCAUGAUCAUCACUAGCGCUGGAGUGCUCGUACUGGUGAUCCUCAACGACAUUCCUAGUCUGACAAACGGUUCGGCCAUCACAAUGCUCACCGGCUUACUGCUAUUAUACAGCCCGUCCGCCAUUUUGUUCAACACGUGUCUCUCGUACGUGUUUGACAAAAUGGACUCCGCACAAAGCAUCAUGCCGAACAUUACCACGUGGGUUGGGGUCAUACCGUUCAUAUUGGUCGCUGUGCUGGACACGUUUAAAUGGGGCAGUGACAUAGCGUUCUAUCUUCACUUAGUGUUCAGUUUUCUGGAUGUCAUGUAUAUACCAUACGCCAUCAUAUACUAUGUUGAUAGGGUGUACCUGACGUGCAACCUGCGCGGGCUGUGCCCGCAGCCGGCGCUGGCGCAGUACCUGACGGCGGAGGUGUGCGUGCUGGUGGCGGCCAUGCUACUGCACGUGCCGCUCUGCGGCGCCGCGCUGCUCGCCGCCGACCGCCUCAAGUCCGGCGGCCGGAUAUGCUCGCGUGGUCGUAAAGCAUCAGAGAGCAAAAACGAUCUCGAAGCAGACGCCGGCGGAGAAGUGGGAGAAGACGAGGACGUGAGACGUGAACGGCGCCGCGUCGCCAACAUACUGAAUCAGCCGUCGCAGAACGCGCCCGUUCUCGUCGUGCAUAACCUCCGCAAGGAGUACAAGGUGCGCGGCACCGGCACGAGCGGGUGCUGCGGCGGCGGCGGCGCGGGCGGCUGCGGCGGCGGGCGGCGCGCGGGCGGGCGGCGCGCGGGGCUGGCGCGGCUCAGCCUGGCCGUGCACGGCGGCGAGGUGUUCGGCCUGCUCGGACACAACGGCGCCGGCAAGACCACCACCAUGAAGAUCAUCACCGCCGAGGAGCGGCCCACCUGCGGCGCUGUGAUGCUGGGCGGACAGAACGUGGACGAGGCGCAGACGUCUGCAUUCCAAAUGCUGGGCUACUGUCCGCAGCACGACGCGCUCUGGAAGAACGUCACCAUUCGGGAGCACAUCGAGUGCUACGCAGCCAUCCGGGGCGUCAGCAAGAGUGACACACCCAGAAUAGUGGACGCGUAUCUGAACGGGCUGCAAAUAAUGGAGCACGCCGGCAAGCACGCAGACGAGUGCUCGGGCGGGACCAAGCGGAAGCUGUCGUUCGCGCUGGCAAUGGUGGGCAACCCCAAGGUGGUGCUGCUGGACGAGCCCUCCACCGGCAUGGACCCGAGGAGCAAGAGGUUCCUGUGGGACACCAUCCUGGCCAGCUUCCAGGGCAAAAAAGGUGCUAUCCUGACAACACAUUCCAUGGAAGAGGCUGAUGCUUUAUGUUCAAGAGUUGGAAUUAUGGUGAAAGGCAGUUUAAGAUGUAUCGGGUCAACGCAACACCUGAAGAAUCUGUACGGCGCAGGGUACACGUUGGAGAUGAAGAUAGGUCAGAACAAUCAGAAGUCGAUGCUGGACCCCGAGUUGUCCAUGUCACCGUCGCCGCUUCGGUCUGCUGAGAAUUCGCCAUCGCUGGGAGAAGCUGACGAGGGUGGUUCGGGCGAGGGCUCAGUGUGUGCUGAGGCGGAGGGCGAAGCAGAAGCGGAAGCGGAGGCGGAAGCGGUGGACGUGAGCAUACACACACCGCUAGUAGCCGGCACACCACCUCCGCCUCGACAACACCAUCACAGGACGGAGUCGAGCGGCGGCGGCGCGGGCGCGGAGGCGGCGAUCGCGCUGGUGGCACAGCUGUUCCCGGCCGCCGUGCUCGAGGAGAGCUUCGCCGAGCGGCUCGUGUUCUCCGUGCCGCAGUCCUCCGUCUCCAGCCUGGCCAGGUGCUUUCAGCAAAUCGAGGAUGCAAAAGAGAAGCUGAACAUAGUGGAGUACAGUUUCAGCCAGACAACCCUUGAGCAGGUGUUCCUGAAGUUCGCGCAGACGGAGACGGCUGAAGCAGACCCGGAGCACUAGCGGUGUCCACCUUCAUGUAAACAAGCCUAGAUUAAUGUGACAGAAAUUACAUAGCUCUUAUAUCGAGCGUUUAAAAUAUUUCUAUCGUAUUAACUUAGUGAAGUGGCAAUUACAGUCGUCAAGUUUAAAUUUGAACUCUAUGGCGUUGGAAAUAUGAUUUAAAUAAAAAAAUAAAGUUUCUCAUAAUAGUGGGUAGUUGAAAUUUUCGAAAUUAAUUUUGAAUUAGUUUAAAAUUAAUAUCUCAAUUAAACAUAGUCCAAAUGUUUAAUUACAAGUUCAUCGACGAGAUUGGAUUAAUUAAAUUAUUUAUUAAUUCAUUCAUUAUUUAUAACUUUUCAUGGAUAUGUAAACUUAUUAAGGAUAUCUGCUUUGAUGCAUCGAAAAGUGUUUAAACUUAAAGUUCACGACUGUAAAUGCAUUGACACCAACAUGUUUAAUUAUUCCGUUGAUCGGCACCACACUUGGCAACUUCUGGUUAAUAUUUGCAUAGUUUAGAAAAUAAAUUUAUUAAUUUAUACAAAAAUUUCCAAGUCCAAGGUAAUUAAUGAUUAUAUACGUUGAAUUAGAUAAAUUUUCGACACGAAUUAGAGAAGCAAAUUAUUAUUUUGAAUGAAAAUUUAAAAAAAAAAUGUGAUAAUUCAUUCGAGUGUUUAGAAUGUAAAUUUAAAAAGAUUGGAAUCAUCUAGUAAAUAUAUACUUUUAAAUUAUCGAUCAGAAGGCUGUUUAUAAUAUUUUUAAUGUGCUGAAAAUACAUAGAUUUAUAUUUUAAAUAUUAAUAUUUUCAAAUAAUAAAU